AUGGGGAGCCAAACAGUAGUGAUAGGAGUAGUACUGGUAGUUUUUUUAUGGAGUGUGACAUUGGUGUCUAGCGUCUCCGAUGUAGAGUGCUCCGGCGUGAAGGCCCUCCUCUCCGCUUGCUACUACUUCAUAACUUAUGGCUUCCCGGACCCUUCUCCGGGGUCUCCAUGCUGUAACUCCAUGAUAAGUAUCAAAAUGGUUUGCGAUAACACAGUCGAAAAUCGGAGAUUCACUUGUAGAUGCUUGAUGAGCCUUUUCUCCACUUACACCCCUAAUGGCUAUGCCCUUGCUACUUUGCCUGACUUUUGUCAAGUCUCUUUGGGUUUCAUCGUUGAUCCCAACACUGAUUGCAACCUGUAA